AUAGGCCCAUUAAGAAUGACCCACAAACAGAAACCAAAACCAAACAGGCGCUUUGGAAGUAGAUGAAGAAGAUUCAGCAGCUCCCAUACCGUCAUAUAAUCGGGGUUUUAGGGUUCGUCAAGUAAACUUGCCAUGUUCAUCCUCGCGAAAGCAUACUGCCAACACAUGCCCCAUAACAUCCCUUUUAACCAUUGCAGAGGACCUCCUAACCUUCAAAACCCCAUUUCUCUGUUCGCAAUCACAUCGCCAUCGUCGCCGUCUUCUGUUAUACCCGCAGACCCAAACCCCCAUGACUCCAUCAAUAAGCCCCAAUUCGGUCACUUCGUCAUCCCCACCAUCGCAAUCGCUGCUUCUGCUUGGUUCUUCAUACGUCUCCACCGAAGCCCACCAAUCAUCACGGCUCCGAUCGAUUUGCAGUUCGAAUCGGAGGAAGAAGAAGAAGGUGCGAUCAAAGAGGUCCCAUUGAAGCAGAAGCCGAAUUACGUGCGGGCACUUCACAUGUACAGAGUCAAGCAAGGGACGGUGGUGAAAUUGAUCGAAGUAUAUGAAAAGAAGGAGUACGAGGCGUUGAAGGAGAGGAUAAGGACGUCGGCGGAGUGGCUGGAGAGGGCGAGGAGAGGGCUGGAGGAGGUAGUGCCGAGAGACCCAGGUCGAGCGAGGGAGUACUCGCAGGUGGUGGAGGAGUUGAUGGAGAUUCUGAAGGAGAUGGAGGUUUACAUUGAGAAAUGCGAGAAGGAGAACGUGAAGGGGUACCUGAGACCGUGCAACAGGUUGCUUUCUCGUGUCAGGAGAAUGGAGGCUCAGAUUCUUGAUGUUCUCAAAGAGUUUCAGGACAGUGGAGGAAGAGGGAGGGGCCAACGUGCAGUGCAGGCUCUAGCCGAUGGAACGGGAAGGCGUGCAAUAAUUCUUACAGGGAACCAAAAACUCUAAGCGAUUCAGAGGCUCCAAACAUGCGUACCUCACCAAAUGAACCGAGCCAAGCCAACAGAGCAGAAGCUUCAUUCGGAUCCUUUUCUUCUUCAUAAGCCGCCCAAAAAGCCCAGGCUUGCUUCAUGGGGACGCCGUGGACCAAAUGUAGUGGGCCAAUAUUUUUCAUAUGAGGUGAACUACGGCCCAUUCCAUUAUAUUUUUUUGAUGGGCCAGGC